AUGUCAGAGCCAAUAAAAAACAUAGUCCUGGUAGGCCGGACUGGUAAUGGUAAAAGCACCACCGGGAACACCAUUAUCGGUGAAGAAAUGUUCUUCUCCAAACAACAGGCAGGAGGUGUUACCUUGAAAUGUGAGAUGCACAGAGCUGCGAUACAUGAUGGCCCAAUAAUCAAUAUCAUUGAUACUCCUGGUUUGUUCGACUUGACUGUGUCCGCGGACAUUCUAAGUAGGGAAGUAAUGAAUUGCUUAACUAUGGCGAAAGAAGGAAUACAUGCUGUGUUGUUUGUUCUAUCUACAAGGGGUGGGAUUACACAGGAGGAAGAGUUCACUCUUAAUGCCUUGCAGCGCAUAUUUGGGAACAGAAUCCUUGACUAUUUUAUUGUUGUGUUCACUGGCGGUGACGAGUUAGAAGCGGAGGAGCUGACGUUGGACGAUUACUUGCUUGAAGGCUGCCCUGAAUUUCUGAAGAAAACUCUCAGACUCUGUCAUGGUCGAAAGGUUUUGUUUGAUAACAAGACUAAGAAUAAUGGCAAGAAGGCAAACCAACUUAAGCAGCUUGUGGCCCAAAUGGCGGAUGUUGAAAAUCAAACUGGUGGUAAACCGUAUAUAAAGGAAAGGGAUAUUGAAUAUAAGAAACGUGUUGAAGCACAACUAGCAGUGCCGCAGGAAAAGUUUCAAAAACUUAUGGAAGUGAUGCUGGAGAAGUCACGAAUGGAUCAUCAGAAGAUCAUGCAUAUACAAAUGGAGAAUCAAGCCAAGAACCUUGCAGAAGCGAAAAAACUUGCGAAGCAAGAACAGAUAAGAAUGGAGCAUGCGAAAAAGGAGAUGAUUUCACUGGUGAAAUACAUGGUCUACGCAAGGGAUCUUAGCAUCGCAUGGUCGGACAACAGCCAGUACUGGUCAUGGGUACCUCUCCGUGAAACACUCGGCGAAGCUGCUCUGCUGAAAAUGGUUUGUUGGUUAGGAGUGAAUGGAACGUUCAACACGAGAGAACUGACACCAGGGACAAAGUACGAGGUCGUGUACGUGGUGAAGUUAGAAAAUACAGCUUCUGGAUGGGAGAUACCGGUGAACCUGAAGUUGACCGUGGCCAGAAGUGGAGGAAGGCCGCAAGAGCAUAGUGUGCGCUUGAAGGAGCAUAUAGGGAGAUUGUGGGUAGAUAUACCAGCCGGCGAGUUCAUAAUGUCCCCCGAGAUUUCCGGAGAGAUCAGUUUCUCUAUGUAUGAGAUCGCAUCUGGCUCUUGGAAGAGAGGGCUCUGUGUCAAAGGUGUUGAAAUUCGUCCCAAAAACUAA